AGGGCCACGCAGCUGGUCAUGUCCCAGCAGAGGGCCGACAAGGAGUAUGUGUGUGUCUUCCGCCUGCAAGAGAAUCUGAGUAGUGAGGAGAGUUUCAAACUGGCAUUUGACAGACUCAAAGGGCCACAGUUUCAGCGACCGCCUCUGAGGCCUUAUCGGUCUUUCUCACCGGCAUUGGCCAGACUCAAGGGGCCACAGUUUAAGCGACCGCCUUGGAAAUCUGCACCCAGGUCGUUACAAGUCAGAAGUGUAUGCAACCUUGAGCUUCUGGAGUUUGACGCAGAGAAAAAUUUGGGUGUGUUCCGGGUGAGGUGUGAGGCCGGCACCUACAUCAGCGCCUUGUGUGUGCACCUGGGCAUUCUCCUGGGCGUGGGCGCGCAGAUGCAGGAGCUGAGGAAGGUGGGCUCAGGACUCGGCAGUGAAUGCAAUCUGCUACGGGGCCAAGGUCAUGCUGCCCGGCGUCCUCCGCUACGACGACAGCAUAGAAAUCGACGAGGAAAUUGUCCUGAUCACAACUAAGGGGGAAGCUAUUUGUCUGGGUGAGUUCUUUGGGACGUAUUUUAAGAGACCUUCGCUUCUCACAUCAACUAUUUCUAAAGGUCAGAGAGAGGAUCAGUCGGGUUUUCAUGAGUGUUUUUAAGGUUCGUGGCACAGGAGAAGGGUCACACUACCACCAGGGUCAUAAAACUACCCCUGGAAAGGCCUACAGCUCCUACAGAAGUCAUGUCAAAUAUGUGAACAUGGGCGACGAAAUGUUUUAAAAUACGAGCUUUUGUCCCGUCAUGGAUCUUAAUAAUAAUAAUAAUGAAAAUAAUCUCAUUAUUGCCCGAUUAAAUAAAACAAUAGUCUCUACCCUCUUGAAUUAUGCUGUAGGUGUUAGUGUUAUAAGCCUUUAAGGGAAUCAAGACCAUCAUUACAGGGGGAGCUCCGUGGUGCAGUGGUUAGCACACUCGGCUCACAACCCAGAGAGCUCGGGUUCGAUUCCUGGGCGGAGUGGAAAAAUUUGGGCGGCUUUUCCGAUACCCUACGCCCCUGUCCACCCAGCAGUGUACCAGGUAUUAAUCGGGGGUUGUGACCCGUCUCCUGGGGUCUGUUCCCUUCUAUAAUUCCUUCCCCUCCUGUCUCUCUCCGGCAAAUGACCACAGAUGUUGCGCCCACUAAACCAAACUUUCCAACUGUUCCCUUCUCCUAUAAUACCUUCCCCUUCUGCCUCUCUCCGGCAUAUGACCACAGAUGUUGCGCCCACUAAACAAAACCAAGUUACAACAAAUUUAUUACACUGCAAAAUGUUACCUUUUAUUUCCUCAAAAAUUCAAGUUUUAUAAAUUUGUCAUAAAUUUAUUUGAGGAAAUUAAUGCGUGAUCAUAGUACGUUUACUUAACACGAGGGUGGUGAUCAUUUUGAUUCCUGAAUUUCUAAAAUUGGUCAAUUACUGACAGAGUUAUUAAACAUUAUGUGUGCCAAAAAAAAGUUUUGAGAAAAACACAUUUUUGUGUGAACAUCUUCAAUACCCCAUAACAACCACUCCAACAUGCACCAGGCCCAAACAUUUACUUAUAUAACUCUUGGGCCAUUCCUGGAAGGUUGGCAGUGGUUGUUUAGGUGGUUCAGGCCAUGUUUGCAUCACGUUUAUGUCACCUGUAUAGCCCCUACGGAGGGUGAGUUCUCCCUUGCCUGCUAGACCUCUAAAGAAACCAAGGCUCCUGGUCCCCUGUUAUAAUCACAUUAGGUUAUAUAACAUUUUUGAUAUAUUAUAUAUAUCCAAAAUGAAAACAACGUAUUCACUGGGUCUCGGUGGAGCCCAGCCCGCCUCAUUGUUGCCAGGACAGAUUGUUUACCAGGCUGGUAAUUGGGCCAGGUGUUGUCUUGCUUUUCUUCUUUGACUUCUUCGCUGCUUUCCGUGGCGUUAUUUUCCUUUUAUCCAUCCUCUGUUUGGAUAACACGCUCUGUGAUGUCAUGGAUAGGCCAAGGUGUUGCAAAAAUUUGUUAGCCUCAUUUCCAAAAUUGUGCUCAGUGAUGGUGAGUUGAGACACAAAUGUCACCCUCUUGAGGCCAGCAAACUUUGCCUUGCCUUGGUGGUGCCAGAGCUUGGAAUGCAGUCCUUCAUUUCUGUUCUGGGUCUCUCCUCGCAGGCACCUUUCAAGGAGGACAGGGCUUGAUAAGUCAUAGAAAACUUCACUCACUCUGUCCUCGUACGUUUUGUCCAGUCGAAUGUAAUUUUUCAUGGUGUCAUGGGAAGGGAGUGGCUUGUUUUCUUCCUUUGCCUUCUUCAAGACAUACCAGCUA